AAAAAUGAGGGGAUGGGAGGAGGACGAGGGGGAGAAGGAAGAGGGGAAAAAGGAAGAGAGGAGAGCCGACGAGGGGAAGGAGGGGGCAAAGGGGAGGCAGGAGACGGAGAAGCAGGGGGGAAGCGCCGGAAGGGGAGCAGAGCGAGGCUCAAUGGGACUGCUGGAGCCGCCGCCUCACCACCACCACCAGCAGCAGCAGCAGCAGCAGCAGCAGCAGCAGCAGCAGCAGCAGCAGCAGCAGCAGCAGCAGCAGCAGCAGCAGCAGCAGCAGCAGCAGCAGCAGCAGCAGCAGCAGCAGCAGCAGCAGCAGCAGCAGCAGCAGCAGCAGCAGCAGCAGCAGCAGCAGCAGCAGCAGCAGCAGCAGCAGCAGCAGCAGCAGCAGCAGCAGCAGCAGCAGCAGCAGCAGCAGCAGCAGCAGCAGCAGCAGCAGCAGCAGCAGCAGCAGCAGCAGCAGCAGCAGCAGCAGCAGCAGCAGCAGCAGCAGCAGCAGCAGCAGCAGCAGCAGCAGCAGCAGCAGCAGCAGCAGCAGCAGCAGCAGCAGCAGCAGCAGCAGCAGCAGCAGCAGCAGCAGCAGCAGCAGCAGGAGCUUGGCGGUCACUCUGGCGGUGACCCUGGCGUGAAGCGGCGGUGAAGUGAGGCGCUGGUGAUGUGUUU